UUAACUGUCAACCUUCCAGCUGAGACCGAGAGAAGGCAGAGAAACGAGCCGAGCCGAACCGAGUUGUGCCGAACGUUGGAGUUUUACCGGUGUUGAAUUUAUUUUAACUUCUUCAUGGAGUAAAAAAUAAAGUCAAAGAGCUGAAGGAUAGCUAACUUUUUCCGUUUAAGCGUGUAGAACCGGAUCCGGAGCCUGAACAGUCAGUGACAGCAGGCAGGACAAGACAAAACGAGGACCUGAUUUCCACUUCCACUCUCUGCCUGGAUGAGAGGUAGUUGCUGUGGAAUUAUGGGAAACCAGGGUAUGGAGGAGCUCAUCCCGCUGGUCAACAGACUGCAUGAGGCGUUCAGUGUCCUGGGGCAGACCUGCAGUCUGGACCUACCCCAGAUCGCUGUGGUGGGAGGACAGAGUGCGGGCAAGUCCUCUGUCCUGGAGAAUUUCGUAGGCAGGGAUUUCUUACCACGAGGCUCAGGGAUCGUCACUCGAAGACCACUUGUAUUACAGCUAAUCAGCUCCAGCACAGAGUAUGCUGAAUUUCUGCACUGUAAAGGGAAGAAGUUUAGAAACUUCGAUGAAGUUCGGCAAGAGAUUGAAUCAGAGACUGACAGAGUUACAGGAGCAAAUAAAAGAAUUUCCCCCAUUCCCAUCAACCUACGUGUUUACUCACCAAACGUGCUUGACCUGACUCUAGUAGACUUGCCUGGCAUCACUAAGGUUCCAGUAGGAGAUCAGCCUCCAGACAUCGAAUACCAGAUCAGAGAUAUGAUCAUGCAAUACAUUUGUCGAGAAAACUGCCUCAUCCUGGCUGUUACACCUGCGAACAUGGACCUGGCCAACUCAGACGCCCUUAAACUGGCCAAAGAUGUCGACCCACAGGGCCAGAGGACUAUCGGCGUCAUCACUAAACUGGAUUUGAUGGACGAGGGAACAGAUGCCAGAGAUGUGCUGGAGAACAGGGUACUGCCCUUACGCAGAGGUUACAUUGGGGUGGUGAAUCGCAGUCAGAAGGAUAUCGAGGGGAAGAAGGACAUCAGCGCGGCUAUCGCUGCAGAGCGAGUAUUUUUCCUGUCCCAUCCAGCUUACAAGCAUAUGGCCGACAACAUGGGCACACCGUACCUGCAGCGGGUCCUCAACCAACAACUGACCAAUCACAUCCGUGACACUCUUCCAACGUUCCGUCACUCUCUACAGUCUCAGCUGUUUUCUCUGGAUAAAGAGGCUGAGGAAUACAGGCACAUGAACCCGAACGACCAGUCACGCAAGACCAAAGCACUGAUGCAGCUAAUCCAGCAUUUUGGACUUGACUUUGAGAAGAUGAUUGAGGGCUCUGGAGACCAAGUCGACACGGUUAGGCUCUCAGGAGGCGCCAAAAUCAAUCGCAUCUUUCAUGAGCGGUUUCCCUUGGAGCUAGUCAAGAUGGAGUUUGACGAAAAAGAGCUGCGGCGUGAGAUAAGCUACGCCAUCAAGAACAUUCAUGGGAUCAGGACAGGCUUGUUCACUCCUGAUCUGGCAUUUGAAGCUAUCGUUAAGAAGGAGAUAGUGAAGCUGAAAGGCCCGUGUAUUAAAUGUGUCGAUAUGGUCAUCCAGGAGCUCUUAGCCGCAGUGAGGCAGUGCAUGAACAAGUUAGGGACCUUUCCGAAGCUGCAGGAAGAGGCCGAGAGAAUAGUGACCAUACACAUUCGGGAGCAAGAGAGUCAAACCAAGGACCAGAUUUGCCUUUCCAUAGAUAUUCAGCUUUCCUACAUCAACACUAAUCAUGAAGACUUCAUCGGUUUCGCCAAUGCACAACAGAGAAAUAUUCAGAUUACUAGGAAGGCUUCCACAUGGAAUCAGGGUUCUGCACCUUCACCUCCCAGUCAAAUUGUGAUCCAGAAAGGCUGGCUGACCAUCAACAACCUGAGUUUGAUGAAGGGAGGUGCCAGAGAAUACUGGUUCCUGCUGACGGCAGACAGCCUCUCCUGGUUUAAAGAUGAUGAGUGGCUUUCCGGCGUGAGGGGAAACAGACAGGGCAGAGAGAGAGAGACGCGCUCCGGAGCUCCGUCUGCAGUUUUGUCCCGUUCCCGGAGAUGCCUCAGUCGGUCGUGGAGUUGCGGCGCUUUUUCCUCGUCGCUUGGGUCGAGCAUCUAGUCUUGACGUGGCACAUUUCACUCCUGUAGCCGGCAGUCUGGCAGCAAGUUAAGGGAAGGCAUGGUGAAGAAAGAGGAAGAGAAGAACGAGGGAGAGCGGGCGGAGAGAGAGGGAGAGAGAGAGAGAGAGAGGGAGGAACCGACUGGCCAUAUAAGGGUUGAUAGGACCCAUUGGGGAAUUGAUUUUUUGGAUCGUCUCUUGCUAUCAGUUUUUUUUUUUUUUUUUUUUUCGGAGCUUGAAUUCUGCGCUGCGAUGCUCUACUGUCCACACCUCCGUCAGCAGUUCUCUGGUUCUUUCCUCUCCUCCCAUAUCUAUCUUCUUUCUGUACUAUAAGUACUUUUCUGCACUUUUCCUGCUCUAUCUCUUUCUCUCUCCCUCCCCCCUUUCUCCCUCUCUCUCUCUCUGUUUCUAUUCCUCUCUCUCUCUUUCUCUCUCUCUCUCUCUUUCUCUCUCUCUCUCUCUCUCACUCUAAAGCGGUACCAGAUGUUGUAGUCUUAACGCCAGCCUGUCAUUUUUGACCUUUUUUUUUUUUCAACCUCUAAAAAACUCCGACAGGAAGUGGGCCUCAGAAAGGGAAAAAAGAGAAAGUUAAAAAAAAAGAGAGAGAGGAAUACAGACUAGGAGGGGUGCAGGGAGUGAGUGAAAGUGGAAAAGAGCAUGCAAAAAGAAGAUGAGUAUAAGGGGUUACAAGGAAAAGGGAACAGGAUGUGACUAAUUCUUAGAUGAUGUCUUUUUUUCUUCCUUUAAUCUAUAUGAUGUAUAUGUCACCAUCUUUGGUCCUUGUCGUUCUGUCCAUCUCUGCAACUCCUCCGCGUCGCCGGUAUGCACAGUGUAACCCAAGACGUUUCCUGAGACCCCAGCCCCUCCUGGACUGAAGGGGGGGGCGGGGGGCAAGAGAGAGGGAAAAGCUGCCCCCACUUUUUUUUUUGGAGAAAUGUUGUGUUUUAGAGGCUCAUGCCGAAUAAUGACUUCCACAUGUGGGCCUUCUCGCUCUAUCUUUCAAUCCCCCUUUCAUACUUGUUUCUCUUCUUCCUAAGCCUUUUGCCACUCACUGAAAAUCUUCCCUAUGUUAUGUGCUCAGUUUUUCACUAAACUCCCCUCUGGCUGUGCUAACUCUGAUUACACAGAUAUAGAUCACACUAGCUCUGGGACUCUUUAGGAGCAGCACGGCACAGUGUCAGGGCUGUUAAUAGAGCCGAUUGGUGUUAAACAUAAAAUUGCGGCAUCUGUUAAACGAUCUCACAUAAUUCCCCUGGAUUCAGGUUGUGUUAUUCGGGCGUUUCGGGGUUCUGGUUUACAAAAGCAGAAAUAAUCAAAGAGAAUUCCAUUGACAAAUUCCAGUGGCUGUGUGACCUCGACCUCCAUGGUCGUACACGACUUCUCUCGUUUAAAAACCUCUGGCAGCAAUUAUAGUCAGUGAGAUUUUUUCUUGACUGAACUCUUUAUAUUUUAAUCUUUUUUUUGUACGCUUUUGAUUAUACUGUCAGUUUCAUUUCUUUAAUGAAAACCCUACUUUUUGCGACAUGAUUAUUUCCAGAUUUUAAGGGGGGAAAAACAUCUCGUUUGCACACAAAAAAAUGUACAAAGACGUAGUUUUCUUAAAAUGAAUAUAAUCAAAUAUUUUAUAGCUUUUUUUAAAGUAAAGAUUGUAAAGUAUUUGUUGUGGAAACAAAAAGAAAGAACUUUUUUUUCACAUUAAGGUCCUUCACAGCUUUAUUCAGACACACCCACAAUUUUUGUCAAUCUGUUCACAAGCUUUUCUUGGGCUAGUCGUACUUCCCAUCUUUUUUUUUUUUUUUUCAUUUUCGGACUAAUCCUAUCUUUUGUCUUAAUUCAGUUUCAUCUGAUUGGAAAGAUCGUCGCUGACCACAAAAUAAGAGCCAAAAAAGCAGGAAUUAAACUAGCUUGGGAGUAGGUUACAGUAGGGGUUGCCAGAUCACAUUGACCAAAUCCUCUGUUGCAAUCCCUAAACCGAGGCAUGUUUUGUGUGUUUUUACAUAAAUAAAUUGGGGACAUUUUUUUUACCGUGACAGGCUGCAAAGUGCCUAACGAUACAAUUGGUUGUUUUUGUAACGACCUCAACAUCAACCUCAUUUCCCUUCUCGUCUGUUCCAGCCACUUAGCAUUCAGCAUUGCCAGUACACUAAUCACCAACUUUAUCAUCUGUCAUCAUCUGCACCUGUUUCUUACUGGUUCAUGCCUUAGGUUAGAUGCUUUUUUAAUGCGUGAAUGAUUCAUAGGUCACUGUGUGGCUUAACAAACAAAAACAUUUCUCUGAAACUGCUCAGGUACAGGGAGUGGACUGAAAAUUAGAGAGUCCUUUAAGAAGCUUGGGGAACUAUUUCUCAAGACGACAUUAAAAAAAUACAAGAAAGUCUGGUUCUUUGAAAGCAAAAUAUAAUAAAAUGAGGACUGGCUCAAGACUUUUGCACAGUGCCUGCACACGACACAAUUUUCCAUCCCUAGAUGACAAGAACUAGCGCAACUGGUUGGAAAACUGCACAAUCUGGCAACACUGACUCACAGCUUUUUAAACCAUCACCUCCUAGAUCAACGUGAUUCAUAGACCCACUGACUUCAAAAUCAACUUUCUCGAAUAUUUGAUUUAAUUUAUAUGUUUGCAUUUGAGUUUUAAAAUAUUGCAGUCCUGCUAUUAUCCUGCAGAUGGCACACUCCAAAGUAUUCACACAUUGGAAGGCAGCACAGUCAUGUGUGGUAGGAGCAAAUUAUUUGCUAAGUUUGUUUAGAAGUGUAAAAAAGUCUAAUAUUUAUAUAUGGAAAACGGAUAUCAAGUCUUGAUACGAACAGAAUCGCAAGACAUAUCAUGAUAUUGUAUCGGACAUCCCCUGGUGAUUCUCCAUAUUCUCCAUCUCUAUUAUUUAGACAUAAAGUGUCCAAAUGCUGUCGGGUCGUUUAUGUCAAAGCUACCAAUUCACAUGACCAACAAUAUCUAAACUUCUGUUAGGAAAAAGCACCUUUUAAAAAGGAGAAAGACAUUACGAUGCUAAUAUAACCACGACCACAGAGGUUAACCACUGACGCGUUAGCUUAGUGAGUAAGCAUAGCUGCUGAAUAAAUGUUCACGCAUCAUAUUUUCAAUCUUUAGACCCGGAAGACACUUUGUUAUCAAUAAUAUCAAGGAGGAACUACUCACAUCUGAUUUUCUUUUCAUAUCAAAUGAUGGAUUUUUUCACCGAGCACCUCUGGACACAUACAUCAGUUAUAGUUAAACAGUUUAACAAGUUCAGGUGGCCUCCUGUUUGGGGAAAAAGGGGCUUCGCGUAUGACUUCUGCCCUUUGUCUGACCCCCUCUCUACUUGCC